AUGGACCACUCUCGUGAUCCUUGCCCGUGGGUUGCCCUCAACGAUUUUGGUGGUGCAUUCUGCAUGGGAGCAGUGGGUGGAGCGAUCUGGCAUGGAGUGAAGGGCUUCCGUAACUCACCCUACGGCGAACGGCGCAUCGGCGCGAUCACGGCCAUCAAAGCACGCGCACCCGUCCUAGGCGGGAACUUCGGCGUCUGGGGCGGGCUGUUCUCCACAUUUGACUGCGCUGUAAAAGGCAUCAGGAAGAAAGAAGAUCCGUGGAACGGAAUCCUCGGAGGUUUCUGCACCGGUGCCGCGCUCGCUGUGCGAGGCGGUGCUAAAGCUAUGAGAAACAACGCCAUUGCUUGCGGUGUGCUCAUUGGCGUCAUCGAGGGCGUUGGAAUCAUGUUCGGACGGAUGAUGGCGGAGAAUACACGGUUGGAGGCGCCUCCACCUCCACCGCAGCAGCAGCAGGCAGCGAUUGCUUGA